GAUCAGAAUGUGAGACCAUUGUCUUUGUAAAUUUGCAUGGGUAGAGAAUAAAUACUAGUAGUCUUAGACUUCUUCUUCACAUUUGUGACUUGUUUCGGACGGAAUUAUGCCUGAACCAGCGAAGUCCGCGCCCAAGAAGGGCUCCAAGAAAGCCGUCGCUAAGACUGCUGGAAAGGGAGGAAAGAAGCGCAGAAAGUCCAGGAAGGAGAGUUAUGCUAUCUACGUGUACAAAGUCCUGAAGCAGGUUCAUCCCGACACCGGUAUUUCUUCUAAGGCCAUGGGCAUCAUGAACUCCUUCGUCAACGACAUAUUUGAGCGCAUCGCCGGUGAGUCUUCUCGUCUCGCUCAUUACAACAAGCGCUCCACCAUCACAUCUAGAGAGAUCCAGACCGCCGUUCGUCUUUUGCUGCCCGGUGAGCUGGCCAAACACGCCGUGUCGGAGGGAACCAAGGCAGUCACAAAGUACACCAGCUCCAAAUAAACUCCUGCUAGAAGCUCUCAACACCCCAAAGGCUCUUUUAAGAGCCACCCAUAUUUUCCGAAAAGAUUUUCUGAUAUUGAUUUUACACUGGAUUAAUGUUUGAUUUGGUUUGUCUAAAAUAGUUUAAACCUGUACGAGUCAUGGUUGUAAUUUAAAUUAAAUUGGUCCCGUAUGGGGAAAAUCGAGGAAAUGCCUGAAUCAGCAAAGACCUGAGCCACACCGAUGUUUACGAGUAAAACUGAUGAGUGUUGCCCAGAUUUGAGUUUAGAUAUGAUCAAGUGAAUCGCUGUGGAUCAAUUUGUGUAAAUUGGAGACAUUAGAAAGUCAAACUGGUAUUUGAUCUGUAGGGGGUAGUCUAGUUUAACGUGUGCUUUAAAAGCACGUACAUGUAUAUUCUAUUUUCUUUUUUUUCGUUGCCCAGUCUUUGGAGUUCACCAGAUGAACAUUUCACUGCAAGUUAUAUAGCCUAUGUGAAUGACGUAUGACAUCUUGAAGUGCAACAAUAGUAAAGUCUGUUGUUUGUGUAUGUUGAGUCCAGCUCAACCUUGCCUUAAAAGUUUAUUAUGAUUGUCACACAUUUGCUAACAUAAUUACAUUACUUUUAUUUACUUGGCCCUUAACAAACACGGACUUAUCUUAUAAAGGUUAUAGACACUUGGGAGAUUUAAAAUAAAUAAAUAAAGGAAACUAGGCAAUAUAGAAAUGGUCAAAUAAAGACAACAUGUUUGUCUAUUAGAAUUUAUUUUAUAGAUAAACCACAACCUAUAAACAUACUUUCAAAGUCACACAGUUUACCAUGUUUUAGUGAAGGUCUUAGACAAGUGAAUUUACUUUGUAACCAUUAAACUAAUUCACAAUAUGCACAUGUUCAUUCCAAAUCUUUUCCCUAAUAAAACGCUGAAAACGACUCUGUUACUGUCUCUUGUCUCGUCACACUGAUAAUUGGCCCAUCGGUAAGCCCCUCCCCUGGAACGCAGAUGAACCAAUGGCAGCUGAGUAUCAGUUGCAGGGGGACCGGAACGCGGACAUCUUUUGGUUUCAGCGCCAUAGGUCCCUAAUGGCGCACUUCAUGUGGACUUACGGUCUCGUGAACUUAAAUUGCGCAUGCUCGCCAAGUCUACGAGUCCGUGGAGUGUCCCAUUUGUCAUUUUUACGCUCUGAAGUGUUCUGAUCAGCGAUCCCUUUGUGCCUUUGAUGCGGUUUUCGGCGAAGCCCGCACUGCAGCAGCUCCACACAACUUAUA